AAGAAUUCACUCUUUGUGUUUACUCAGAGCUCAGGCACUCCUAUGUGAACUGGAAACUUCCGCCUUUUUAAAGAACACACUGUAAGACCUUGAACUGUGCAUACAGUCAUAGGUCCUACCAGAAGCUGCCUCUACCCAUCCAGCAUGCCUCUCCCCACCGCAGAGCUCCCUGAGAGGAGUUGGAAGGGGCACCAGUGCAGACAGCCGCUCGGAUGCUUCUGAAGCAGAGCACGCUUUUGUCUUGUUGAGCUAACCUGCUCCGCUCGAGCUGUCUCCUCCUGGACCUCUCAGCGCUGCAGACACUUCUGGAAGUGAACCUGCCACCUAGGGAAGUUGCACUUUGAUGUUGAGUGAAAAGGAACCAAGUAGCAAAAGUCACCUGACCUGACCACACCUGGUGUUGCUGGACUGGGGACAGAGGAGGACUUCUAGGAGGAAUAGCACAUGAAGAGGAUGAGGCCAUCCGGAGAGUAAAUGGCCACCACCACUCCCUCAGAGACAAAGUCAGCCUCGUGGUGGAACUACUUUUUUCUGUAUGACGGUUCCAAGGUAAAGGGAGAAGGAGACCCCACCAGAGCUGGCAUCUGCCACUUCCACCCGUCCCAGACCCUGUUAGACCAGCAGGAGCUGCUCUGUGGCCAGCUUGCUGGCGUAGUGCGCUGCCUAGGAGACCUUUCUGGCACCCCGCCCAUGCUCAUCCGCCUGCGGAAGCUCAAAUUCGCCAUCAGGGUGGAUGGGGACUACCUGUGGGCUCUCGGCUGUGGUGUGGAGCUCUCCGAUGUCAGCUGCAGGCAGUUUCUAGAUCAGCUCAUUGGAUUUUUUCAUUUCUACAUGGGUCCUGUCUCCCUGGCCUAUAAGAGCCAUCCUCAGGAGCAGCUGAGCUUGUGGUGGGAUGCCUUCAUCACGCAGAUCCUCAGGAGCACCAGCGAGCCACACAGGAUCUUCAAUGCCCUGUGGAACCUGGACCAUACCAAAGUGGAGCCCCUGCUGUUGCUGAAGGCAGCCCUCAUCUUACAGACCUGCCAGCGCUCGCCCCAUGUCCUCGCUGGCUGCAUCCUCUAUAAAGGACUGAUUGUGAAUUCCCAGCUGCCACCUUCCCUCACCACCAAGGUCCGGCUCCAUCACACUAUACCUGCAGACCAGACACUGCCUGGAGCAGGGGCUGCCACACAGGAAACAGGAGCAGCUUUGCCCCCUAAUGUGAAGAUCACCCCUGUUUUUCUGAGUGAGGAGGAAGUCGCCAGCCUCCAGGAGUUCACAGUGGAGCAGAAAAUUAGAUUCCAGGAAAGCUCAUCUCAGUCCCCUGCCUGGGAUCAGAGCACCUCUACCCGGGCAGAAGAUGCCGCAAGAUGUGUGACAUCUGUGGCCUCCUGGACAUCAGCUGCCAUCCCGGAGCCCACACCCCAUGAUGGAGCAUGGCUGGAUGGCCGUGGGGCAGAUGGACACUUGCCUUGGCCUGAACAGGAGCAUGCUAGGACCACAGGGCUGUGCACUACUGCCCAUGGCUGGGGCUCUGGCCUCCACAGCAGGCUGCCCGAGGAACUGGGUUUCUCCCAAGAGGAGCUGGAUUUGACUGAAAUCCACAUCUCUGACGCUCAGGAAGCUGUCUCACCUGUGCCAGGUGAUCAGGAAGCCAUCUUCAGCUGCCACCAUACCCCCACACUGCCUGAGGAUGCGGCCAUUUGCAGCUGCCUGGACUCUUCCCCUCCUGAGAGGCUCCCUGAGUGUGGAGGGCUGGAACAGCCUGCAGACCUUUCCGUCACCAAUGGCCAAACCCAAGUUCCUGGCACAGACUCUGUCCCCAGCAGCAGGUCCAUGGCACUACCUCCCCAAGAUACUGUGCGUGUGGAGCCCAGCGUGGAGCAGUAUGGGCAUGGAGGCCAAGAGAGCCACUCGGCGCUGGCAUGCAGUAGCUCCCACUCCGCUGACUCUCAGGACCCCAGGCCUGCAGGCAGCAGUGGCUUGGGGCAGUCCCCAGCCGGGGCCCCUGCAGGGCUCGUGCCCAUGAAGCUCUACACUCACAGUGUGAACGGGCUGCUGCUGUCCCUGCUGGCCGAGGAGCCUCUUCUCAGAGACAAUGCAGCCAUCGAGGAGGUGUACCACAGCAGCCUGGCAUCGCUGAAUGGGCUAGAAGUCCACCUGAAGGAGACACUGCCCAGAGACCAGGCUAGCCCCACAAGCAGCACAUACAACUUUGUGCAUUACGACCGCAUCCAGAGUGUGCUCUCAGCCAACCUGGCUGCAGUGGCUGCCCCCCAGGACCGCCGCUUUCUGCAGGCCGUCAGCCUCAUGCACUCGGACUUCGCCCGGCUUCCUGUGCUGUACGAGAUGACCAUCAGGAAUGCCUCCACAGCUGUGUACGCCUGCUGCAACCCUGCCCAGGAGACCUACUUCCAGCAGCUGGUGCCCACUGCCCGCAGCUCUGGCUUCCCGAACCCUCAGGAUUGUGCCUUCAGCCUCGCAGGCAAAGCCAGGCGGAAGCUGCUGAAGCAUGGGGUAAACCUGAUGUGAGCUGUGUGCAGCCCUACAGUGUCCCCAACGC